AUGGGCUCCAACAACGCCAGGACGACCAAACUAUCUUUGGUGCCGCUUCCCAAGGGCUCGGUCCUGCUCCCGGGCGCGACCCUUCGCAUUCCCGUCGCCAAUCGGCCGGAUCUGUCCAAUCUCCUCUCGACUCUUUUGGAUCGGACUCCCCCGGGAAAGCGGGAUGGCAACACCAUCGCGUUCGGAUGUGUUCCACUUGGCUCUCCGUUCCUAAGUAAGGAUGGGCAACAUCUCAUCGACGACGGAAGUCUGGAUGAUGAGAAGAAGGAGGAAUAUGAUAUGGUUGAUGCAGGUCAGGCUAGGAAGGAAGACCUCUUCCGAUAUGGUACCGUCGGAAAGGUGGUCGGGGUUCAGCGUCGCGCCUAUUCUGAAGCGUCGCUCGUGGUGCAAGGUGUCCAGCGGUUCACUAUCAGGCGGGUCACUCGGGAGAGACCCUUCUUUGAAGCAGAGGCCAUCCUGUAUGAUGAUAAAGACUCCACCACAAACGACACAGAAACCGUCGAGUCGUUCCAACAGUUAAGGCAGCUUUCUCGUGAACUUCUUACUCUACUACGCCUUUCCUCCCUACUGCCUUCUCCGUCAACCCGCCUGUCGCCUCUGAUUGCUCGGAAAUUCGAGUUGUUCAUCUCCAAGACCGAUCUCUCUCAGGCCGGCAGACUUGCCGACUUCAUGGCCGACAUUGCUGAUGCAAGCUUUGAAGAAAAGCUCCGGGUUCUGUCAUCGUUGGAUCUGAGAACCCGGUUGGAAAGAGUUGUCGAUAUGCUCAGCAGACAGGUCCAGAACAUCAAGAGCACCGUCAAAGUGACCACUUUCUCGACGAACAGCUUCCCUCCCGGAGGGUUUGAUAUCAACCAGAUUGAUCCACGUGACCGCGAGCUUCUGGCGAGGCGAGCUAUGGCUGGUCUUUCCGGCCUGACGCACCCUGGAACCGCGAGCGCGAGGAACGGAGACAGUGAUGAGAAGGAGACGAACGAAGUUGACGAACUCCAGCAGAAGCUGCAGGACGCCGAGCUUAGCCCCGAGGCUAGGAAGAUUGCCGAUAAAGAGCUGCGGCGUCUUCGGAAGAUGAACCCGGCCAACGCCGAAUACGGGGUCUGCCGGACAUACCUGGAGAACAUCGCGGACAUCCCAUGGACGAAAGUCACCGAGGACCAGCUUGGACCCGAGACUCUGAAGAAGGCCAGACAGCAGCUGGAUGAUGAUCAUUACGGACUGGAAAAGAUCAAGAAGAGACUUCUUGAGUACUUGGCUGUGCUGAGACUCAAGCAGUCAACUAACCAGGAUGUUGAACGCCAAAUUGCAGCAUUGUCCAAGGACCUUGAGGAGGCGGACGGCGGAGACGUUGAGAAGGCACCCCCGACCCUAUCGGAGGCAGACCGUGUCGCUGUCGAAGCGAAACUGCAUCUUCUGAAGUCCAGACGCAUGACUGAUAAGUCGCCCAUUCUGUUGCUUGUUGGGCCUCCCGGUACCGGAAAGACGAGUCUCGCAAGAUCCGUGGCCACUUCGCUGGGGCGCAAGUUUCACAGAAUCUCUCUUGGUGGCGUCCGAGAUGAAGCUGAGAUUCGAGGUCACCGGAGGACUUACGUUGCGGCCAUGCCGGGCUUGGUCGUCGGCGGUUUGAAGAAAGUGGGCGUCGCAAACCCGGUGUUCCUACUCGACGAAAUCGACAAAGUCGGCGGUGCAAACUUCCAGGGCGACCCAUCCGCAGCCAUGCUCGAAGUGUUGGACCCCGAACAGAACCACUCAUUCUCCGAUCAUUAUAUCAACAUUCCCAUUGAUUUGAGUAAGGUGCUCUUCAUUGCCACCGCCAACUCCCUUGAUACUAUUCCCGCCCCGUUGCUUGACCGUAUGGAGACCAUUUCGCUCUCUGGAUACACUACUGUCGAGAAACGACACAUCUCCAAGAGACAUCUGAUUCCUAAGCAAGUGAGGUCCAACGGACUCUCCGACGGCCAGGUGGUCCUUUCCGAUGACGUUAUCGACAAAACGAUUACUUCCUACACCCGCGAGUCCGGAGUACGCAACCUGGAACGUGAGCUUGGCUCGAUCUGCCGCUAUAAGGCCGUUCAGUAUGCAGAUGCGGGAGACGCCGGCCGCAUCGAUACAUACAAUCCUGUCGUCACUAUGGACGAUCUGGAAGAGAUCCUCGGAAUCGAGCGGUUUGAUGAAGAAAUUGCCGAGAAGCAUGGCCGUCCGGGUGUUGUCACCGGCCUUGUCGCCUAUUCCACCGGGGGUCAAGGCAGUAUCUUGUUCAUCGAGGUUGCGGACAUGCCAGGAAACGGCCGUGUACAGCUUACCGGAAAGCUGGGCGACGUCCUGAAGGAGAGUGUCGAAGUGGCUCUCACAUGGGUCAAGGCACACUCGUACGAGCUCGGUCUGACUCCCGACCCUAAUGAGGAUAUCAUGAAGAGCCGGAGUCUGCAUGUCCACUGUCCGUCGGGAGCCAUCCCGAAGGACGGCCCGUCUGCCGGACUCGCACACACGAUUGGUUUGAUCUCGUUGUUCGCCGGCAAGGCUGUUCCGCCGCAGCUUGCCAUGACCGGAGAGGUCUCGCUUCGCGGAAGGGUCAUGCCUGUCGGCGGUAUCAAGGAGAAGCUUAUCGGGGCGCUGCGUGCAGGCGUCAAGACCGUUCUCUUGCCCUACCAGAACCGCAAGGAUGUCAAGGACGUUCCGCAGGAAGUCAGCGAUGGUCUUGAGAUCAUCUAUGUCAAGCAUAUUUGGGAGGCCAUUCAACAGGUGUGGCCUGAUGCUCACUGGCCCGGCCAACACCACGUGAACUUCGUUGAGAGCCGCCUGUGA